CGCUCCAUCGACAGACCUUGGACAGAUCAUUUUUGGUUCGGUACGAAACCCGAAAGUGAAAUAAAAACCUUCAAAAUGAACGCUAUUUUGCUUUUGUUGCUCCUAUUUGGAGUUGCUUAUGGUAGUGAUGUUAUAGAGCUAUCAGACUCAGAUUUCGAUGACCAUGUUCAAGAUGCUGAAUUGAUAUUGGUGGAAUUUUUUGCUCCAUGGUGUGGUCACUGUAAGAGACUGGCACCCGAGUACGAAACUGCUGCCACAAAACUUCAGAGGGAAAGUCCACCAAUCCCUUUGGCAAAGGUUGACUGCACAGAAAGCGGGAAGCAAUCAUGUGGUAAACAUGGUGUAUCUGGAUACCCAACUCUUAAAGUCUUCCGUAAAGGAUCACCAUCUGACUACCAAGGACCCAGAGACUCCGCUGGCAUUGUCACAUACAUGAAGAAGCAGGCUGGACCAAAGUCUACCGUCAUUACAUCAGAAGAACAAUUAAAUAAUAUUCUCUCUGAAACUGAAUUCGCAGUGACUGUUGGUUUUUUUACCGAUGAAUCUAGCAGUGAAUAUAAAGAAUUCAAGAAACUGUCUAAUGCACUCUUUGAGGAAUUCAGAUUUGCUUACACCCUGGACUCUGGUCUUGCUGAUAAAUACUCUGGAGUUGGUAAAGUCAUCAUAUUCAGACCUUCAAAACUAAACAAUAAAUUUGAAGAUAGUCAGAUGGUGUAUGAUGGACCUAUCAACAAGAAUGAGAUGGAGAAAUUCGUCAAAAGUAGUAUCCAUGGAUUGUGUGGUGUGAUGACACCAGAUAAUGAAGCCCAGUUUGCCAAUUUGAGGCCACUCUUGACUGCUUAUUACGAUGUGGACUAUACGCGUAAUGUAAAAGGAACCAAUUAUUGGAGAAACAGAGUAAUGAAAGUUGGUAAAGAAUUUGCGGGUCAGAUCUACCUUUCCAUCGCAUCAGCAGAAAGUUUUCGUCGCCAGCUGGAUGACUAUGAUAUUAGCCCCAUCAAAGGUGAACAAGCUCCAAAAGUUGUUAUUCAGGGAUCAAAGGGCGAAAAGUUUGUCAUGUCAGAGAAUUUCUCAUUAACAACGUUACGAACAUUCAUCCAGGCUUUCGUGGAUGGAGAGUUGGAGCCAUAUAUCAAGAGUGAACCUAUACCAGCCUCCAAUGAUGGCCCAGUUAAGGUGGUUGUCGGUAAAACCUUUGAUGAAAUAGUUAAUGAUGAAACAAAAGACGUCCUUAUUGAGUUCUAUGCUCCUUGGUGUGGACAUUGUAAGAGCUUGGAACCAAAAUACAAUGAACUGGGAGAAAAGCUUAGUGGAGAUGAAAAUAUUGUAAUAGCCAAGAUGGAUGCCACUGCCAAUGAUGUACCACAACCAUAUGACGUCAAAGGAUUCCCAACUCUAUAUUGGGCACCAAUGAACGGCAAGUCAAGUCCAAAGAAAUAUGAGGGUGGUCGUGAGGUUGAUGAUUUUGUCAAGUUCAUUAAUAAGGAAGCGACAAGAAAGCCUGUCAACACCGGAGGAAAGACCGAGUUGUAAAUCCACCUGUAAACAGAAUUUAUCACCUGUAGACAUUCAUUUAAUUCAUGGGAUAACUAAUAUGACAAAUUUAAGUAUAUUACCUAUGUUAAUGGAAGAGUUUUUAGUAAAACUAGAUAUAUUCAUGAAGGUCACUCUUGCGCAGAUCUUUUAAUCGAGGAAAUCAUGUAAUUGAAAGUCCUCCUGGUUUUUCAUUUUGAAAGAAGUAGAAAAAUGAAAUAAAUGAGUUGAUGAAUUAGAAUUUAAUUGUAUAUUCCAGAUGAGGAUGUUUCAAUAAAAUUAAUCACACACAAAAAAACAACUCUGUGGUGUGUUUUAAAGCUCUCACUCAUUGCAGUGUACAAGAAAAUACAAGUUAUUUCCAUAUUAAAAUAGGCUAUUCUAAGAUUCAUGCACUCCGAACAUAAUUAUUCCAAUUAUGUAUUGGGGGAUAAUUAUUCAUUGGCCUUCUCUUCUCACUAGGCAAACCCAACUGGAUUCUAUAAUCACAGUUUUGAAAGUUCAAACAUGUUAUUUUUAUAGGAAUUUGCAUUAACAAUCUUCUAAAAUUAUGAUGAGAUAGCAAUGUAUCUUUCUGCAAUGAAAUCAAUGUCUAAUUUGAUUACCUAUUCAUUUCAUCUAAUGUAUAAUGUCUAUCUCAGUCAGAAUGUUAAAACUUGAUUAUGAAGAUUGGAAUAUCACUUAGGUAGUACUUGAAAUUUGAAUUUAUGUUCACAAGUAGGACUUGUCUAAUAUUUUGACCAAUAUAUUUUUUAUUCUGUAUGUAUACUUUUCAUGUUUCAUGUCUUUAUCAAAAGAAAAACUCUCAUCUUGUUUUCUUCUUUCUUGAUUUCACUCUCUGUUCACUUAAAAGUUUGAGCAACAAAUAUAUCAUUUAUCAUUUUCAUAGCUUGAGUAUUUUUUUUCAUAUCAGAAUCAUUUUAUCAGACCUCUACAAGAUGACUAUCCACAGUCAUGAAACUUCUCAUAUUGAGAGCCGAACAUGUUUUGAAUAUGUAUGCUUUAAUCGUAUAGAAUGCAUUGGUUUAAACCUGUAAACGUUUGUUGCCUCAGUCAUUGUGAAUGAUUAUGCAGUGGGAUUCAAUUCACUUGCAUAUGUAAAGACCCUUUUUUUUCACACUCCAAGCAAAGAAGAUCUUGGUUGUAUGUUUUUUUUCUGCUCGAAGCAGAUGGUAAUGCAGUCGUUCUGAUUUAACAAAUAUAACACUCUAAGUGGAUAUACAGGUUCAUUAACUAGAAUUAUAAAAGUGUCAUGUGGACAAGAUAUGUGAAUUAUGUUGGGUAAUUGUUCUUUUCUCUUUUGUUCUUAUUUUGUAAUCUAGUACUGCUCUUGAACCUUCUAAUAUUCCUGUGGAGGGUGUAGUGGUAGUACAUGUUUGUAUGUUUCCAGACUUAUGAGUUUCCACGAAAAAUCUCUUAUUUAUUUCAUGUACCAUUUCAGUUUAUAAAGUUAUGUGUGUAGAUUUUUUCCUUGUGAGGCCUGAAUGGGGGAUGUUUUUAAUAUGUCGUGCUUGAAGCAAUACUGGUGUUUGAAAACAGUUAUUGUUUUAUCAAAGAUUUGUGUACACCCUUUUUUGGAGGAUUAGUACGGUCUUUUAUGUUUUAACUUUCAAAGAGAGCAUAUUUGAUACUAAAUUUGUAUGUUUUGUGAUUGCAUUUGUUGGAAACAAAAUAAUUGAAGAAAAAUAAAUGAUUAAUUAUACAUGAUA